AAGUGAUGAGAGGCGUGCGAGAGUGAAGAUCCUAUCCAAUCCUAUAGACAAGUGUGACAGUGUUUUCAUACUGAGCCGAGGACAACAUAGUGUUUUCAUACUGAGCCGAGGACAACAUAGGUGCUGCUGUGUGACUCUUUUCAUCUGGAUUAGUGUUUUUCUCCCUUGCCAGGACUCUAAUAAUCAGAUUGUUCAGCGUUUGCUUGGCGCUUCUUCAAGAGGGAGGAGAGGAGGGAGACGCGAAGCAAGGGCUCCUCGGUUAUAUGGUAGUGUCUCGGCGCAUAUUGUUACUGUUCAUGCUGGUUCAUGCUGGUUCAGGAGAUCUGCACGUCUGAAGUGAGGCUACGAGAGACUAUCCGUGCUAUUACAUCUAUUGGGAGUUGUUUUCUACACCGUGCAAGGCAAAGCGAACGCGUGCAAAGCGUGAGCAAAGUUAUUUUAACAGGGUUUAAAUUCUAGUCAAAGUUAUUUUAACAGGGUUUAAAUUCUAGUCAGUCCACUGCAGUGCAUCCCUGUGCAGUAUUCGGACAUACAGAGUGCUGCGCUCUGGUCUGCAGUCAGACUGCGGCUUUGACAGUUUUGAGAGAGAAAUCGAAAGACGACUGAAUUUAACUAGAGUGACUUGGGUUUUAUUCCAUACCUGUCAAUCAACGGGGAUAACGGUAUCCGCUAUAGCCUACAUUAUGGGUCCUUCAUUGUCGUUUUGAUGGUGUUCAGGGUCCUGUGGUUGAGUUAUGACUCAGACUGGGGAAGAGAAUGCUACUCACCGUGCAGCACCCAGUGAUCCCCAGCACCAUGUCUUACUACCCUAGAGCCAGCCACUGUGUUUGGGGGACCACGUCUCCAUAGCUACAGCAUCAAAAUAUACACAUCUUUAAUACAUGAAAACUGAGAAGGGGAUGGAACCAUAUCUCAGAUUGAAUGUGAGUACUGUGGAUAUUGAGUAACAAACACAGUCUUACAAACUGUCAGAGGCAGAGAGAAGAACAGCAUGGAGGACAGUGAGCUCAUCUUUCUGGAGCGCCAUGAUGAGGGCCCUACUGUUGCUUUCUCGAAAGACAAGCCAGGAGUCAGGGAGGGCCCUACCGUGGUCUUCUCCAAAGACAAGCCUGGAGUCAGGGAGGGCCCUACUGUGGUCUACUCCAAAGACAAGCCUGGAGUCAGGGAGGGCCCUACCGUGGUCUUCUCCAAAGACAAGCCUGGAGUCAGGGAGGGCCCUACCGUGGUCUUCUCCAAAGACAAGCCUGGAGUCAUGGAGGCCAGGGACAGUAGGCCCGACUCAGGCCUGGGGCAAGGGUUGGGGCUGGAGCCAGGCCAGGGACGCCACUCCUCAGGCUUCCACGUCCCCCUCUCCCCCUCCUCCCCGGGCUCCCUGGCUGACCUGGCCAUGGCCUCGACACCCCCCGGCCUGGUGAAGUCCUCCUCCACAGAGCUGCAGACCAAAGAGACUAGUUCCUUGAGAAGCUCCAAACCCCUCCUCAGCCUGGUCAAGUCCCUCUCCACUGAGAUCUCCCGCCUCGAGCCUGAGGUCUACCUCUCCAAGUCGGACUCCAAGCUCCACAUGCACCCCUGGAAGCAGUUCACCCAGACCCAACCCAAGCUCCAGGAGGCUGGUUCUGGGAAUGAUAGCUUGACGGCACCCCCAUCCCCCGUCUCCCCCACGGAGCCCAAAGGAAGUUCCCUGAUGACCGAGUUUGAGGACACGCGGAGGAAGUUCUCGGAGGCCAUGCAGGACCCCAUGAGCAUGUGGGGUAAGAUGAUGGGGGACGAGUCGAGCUCGGGGAGCCCCAAACAGAAGGUGUCUGGGGGGGUCGGGGACUCACCUGCCUCCCUUGGUAGCUGUGGAGGUGGUGGGAGUGGGACCCCAGUGAACAUUGAAGACGGGAGCACAGAGACACAAUUAAGAUACAGACGUGGAACAGACAGCGAACUGGGUGUGUGUGAAACCCCACUGAAGAGACCCAGGAGGGGCCCUCUGAAGCCCUCGCUCUCCCCAGAGCACCACAGCCAGCUGGGGGAUAGCCUCUACGAGAUCUGCACCAACGGAGACCUCAUCCAGGUGGUGGAGGUCCAGGGGGGCGGAACCAGGGGAGCUGGUACCAGAUGCCAGCAUCGAGGAACCCGUCCCCAGGCUCAAGGCAGGAUUCCUGGGGUUCCUGUGGCCUCAGUGCCUGUCCGCUGGCUAUUGUUUGUGGGUGUACUGGCCUAUGGGUUCUUUGUGCUCCCUCUGCCCUCCUAUGUGACUGGGCUGUCCCUGGGGCUAGCUUGUGGGUUCCUGUUAGGGUUGGUGGUGGUCCUGGUGUUCACGCCCCGUCGGCGCUCCAGAGCUUUGCCACCCUGGGGCACUACAGGGGCCCGGUGGUCCCAAGACAACAGCCUGCUGCCCUCUGACCCUGUUGGUGGGCCGCGCACAGAUGCAGAAGUCCUGGAGGGCUGGAUGAACGAGAUGCCUGUGUACGACCCGGAGACCUACCACCCGUCCCUCACCCACUCUGUGUAUGCCACCCUGGAGGGCAGCCGCCUGCGCCUGGCCUACCCCCGCACCAACAUCCCCCGACGGGCAGCCUUCGACGAACUUCCCCAUGAAGCCGUGUUCCUGCGCUCACGCUGCUACCAGCUGGCCAACUGCAAGGUCUCCCUGUUGCCUGCUGCCUUGGCACGGAAGAGAGUUUGGAACAAGAAGUACCCCAUCUGUAUCAUACUGGCCGAGGGAGAGGUGGGGAGAGAGGAGGAGGAGAAAGUGGAAGACGGGCAAGAGGAGGAGGAGAGGACAGACAAGCAGACACUCCCAGACACACAGACACAGGGCCUACCCGACACUCUCUACCUCUUUGGUCGUACAGGAAGAGAGAAGGAGGAUUGGUUCCAGCACUUCCUGUUAGCCUCAAGGUCAGAGGUCAAGAGCAGCCCAAUCAGAGACGUGCCCAAGUCUGAGGUGUUAUGCAGUGGGGGCUCCAGUAUGGGCAGUACAGAGCACCUGCCCCCUCUGGUUGGCCUGCGUGACCUGGUGGAAUACGGCUCUUACAUGAGCCGCCUCAUUGGCUUAGAGGGUAGCAGUCCCAACCCCAGCUCCUGCCACAGCGACCAGGGAAGCCCCACAGCUAGGAAGAGGUUCCCUAGUGAGGAGGCAUCAGCAGAGGGGGGCUGCCCAGCAGAGGGCCAGCCGGCCUGGGUCAAUGCCCUGGUGGGGAGGAUCUUCUGGGACUUCCUCCAGGAGAAGUACUGGGUGGACCUGGUGGCCCACAAGAUCCAGAAGAAGCUGAGUAAGAUCAGGUUGCCGUACUUUGUGAAUGAACUGAAGCUGGCAGAUCUAGACAUGGGUACCUGCAUACCUCAGGCACUCAGCAUCUCCAAACCCUCACUGGACCACAGAGGCCUGUGGUUGGAGAUGGAGGUGGUGUAUACAGGCUGCCUACAGAUGACCCUGGAGACUAAGUUGAACCUGUGUAAACUGGGGAAGGAGAAGUCAAUUGGGUAUGCGCGCGCGUGUGUGUGUGUGUGUCUCAGCUCCAGGCCCAGGCUGUUUGUAUUAGCUGACAGUGAUGAGGAGUCCUCCAGUGCCGGCUCGUCUGAUGAGGAGGAGGUGCCGCCCACCGAACCCCAGGGAACUCUGGGAGAUAAGAGCACAGGCACGCCACCACCACCAGCGACUGAUGGUGGUGGCAGCACCGGCAGACGGUUCCUGAGGUUCGUGGACAAGAUCGCCUCGUCUAAGUACUUCCAGAAGGCCACGGAGAACGAGUACAUCAAGAAGAAGAUUGCUGAGGUCUCCAACAUGCCACUGAUGCUCACCGUGGAAGUUCUAGAACUCUCGGGGACUCUAGCUGUCAACAUUCCACCUCCCCCUACUGACAGGAUAUGGUACAGUUUCCGCGUGCCUCCCAGGCUGGACCUGCGUGUGCGUCCCAUGCUAGGGGAGAGGGAGGUCACCUUCACACACGUCACAGAGUGGAUCGAGAAGAAGCUGAGUCGAGAGUUUCAGAAGGAGUUUGUGAUGCCCAACAUGGACGACCUCUAUCUUCCUCUCAUGUCCUCCGUGCUAGACUACCCUCCAGCAUCCCAGCAUUCUCCAGCCCACUCCUCACGCCACUCCUCCAACGACUCCCAAUACUAUGUGUCUGAAUAGCGCCUCACUGUGGCGGUGGAUGGAGAGAAAAAUACAUGGAAAACCAUAUUGCUAAUGGAAAACCGGUGGGCAUGGGUCCACAGUGGAUUCUGAGCAGAUGGAGCUUGGUUCAGUCCUAGCUUGUGAGGCAUGGUCAUAGCAAAGCCUGUGACGGGCACGUACAACGACGACUGGAGAGUGGCAUGGCUAUGCUCUGAGCAGCAAGAGGGACCUGGUAUAGCGCCCGGCUCUGCUGAUCUAGAAGACUUAACUUAGAUAGCACUCUGCAAUAGGGAAGUGACCUGCGAUAGCCCUGUAAUGAACCAGGUUGACGUUUAUUAGGAUGAGUCUUGUCCGUGAGGCAGAACUGAGCGAUUUCCACUAGAUGGUACAGCAAAUUCAAAAUUGGCUGUAUUGUAAAAAUUAAUAAACAAAAAUGUAAGUUUAGGGUUAAAAAUCAGAUUUUAUGACUUUGUGGCAGUGCCAGCUAGUGGCCACUCUGCAUAGCUGCCUCCAGAACAAGAUUCAUGACGGAAAAAGCUAACCUGCAUAAUAAAGACAGUGAUUGCGUCCCAAUUGGCACCCUAAACCAUAUAUAUCUCUCACAGGAGGCUGAGGGGAGAACGGCUCAUAAUAAUGUCCGGAACGGCACUAAUGGAAUGGCAUCAAACACCUGGAAACUGUGCGUUUGAUACCAUUCCGCUCCAGUCAUUAACAGGGAAUAGGGUGCCAUUUUGAAUGAAACUGCAAUAGGUACAUAUUUGUCCACUUGAAGGAAAGUGAAUAUGGGCAUUACUCUGGUAUGAAUUGUUACUGUAUAAUGACUAUGCUGAUACACUGAAUUGGAACCGAAUAAGUUGGUCCUCAACUCCUGAAGGUGAGCGUUGUACUCAUGUUGUCCGGUGGGCUGGCCAGAACAUUGGUGUAUUAUUGGCCUGACAAAAUGGACUCCUUGGACAACUAUUUGAAAGUGAUUGUAGCCCAGAGAAGAUUCCUUGGAGAUUAUUGGUUCUCUAAAACGUUCUUGUCAUCUUUGCUUGUUGUGUUAGACUAAGGCAGCAAAUGACUUUCUGCAUGGAUUUUUGGACAGCGUACCCUCUUCAUUGAUCAACUAAACAAUAAUGUAUAAAUGUACAAACUAUCAAGAUAUUGUGACGGACUGGUGGGAAAAUAUAGAAACUAUUCAUAAAAGCACAAUACAGUAGUAGAACAGUACAAAUGUACUAGAUAA